GGACUUUUGUCCAAAUCCAUCGUGUUGCGCUCUCAGGCUCUCACCACAUAAUUUUCCCCUUCCCUUCCCCUUCCCAUCUCUCUCUCUCUCUCUCUCUCUCUCUCUGCGUGUUCAUCAAAAUUAAAACCAGACCAACAUAUACAUACACAUACACAUACACAUACAUAGAUUAUAUAGAUAUAGAGAGAGAGAGAGAUAGAGAGAGAGAUUACGUAAAAACGGAACAAUGAAGCAUCCGAACUUACCCUCACCAUCAUCAUCUGAGGCCGUCUCAUCGUCAUCGGACCAAUCACAGCCGUCCGUACACAUGACGUCAUCGCCGUCCUCGUCGUCGACGACUCAAUUGGAGAAACCCUCGGCGGUGGUGUCAGCGCCGGCGGCGGAGGAUCCGGCGGUGUCUCGAGAUGCAACCGGAGGCCAAGAGUCGGUGACGGUAGAGCGGCACGGCGAGUUUGCGGCGGUGUGUAAAUGGAGCAUCUUCAAUUUCCCCAAAGUUAAAGCUAGGGCACUGUGGAGCAAGUACUUCGAAGUCGGAGGCUACGAUUGUCGCCUCUUGGUUUACCCUAAAGGCGACUCUCAAGCUCUUCCUGGUUACAUCUCAAUCUACCUCCAAAUCAUGGACCCUAGAGGCACCUCUUCUUCCAAAUGGGACUGCUUCGCUAGCUAUCGUCUCGCCGUUGUCAAUCCCCUCGACAAAUCCAAAUCGAUUCAUAGGGAUUCUUGGCACCGCUUCUCUAGCAAGAAGAAGUCUCAUGGUUGGUGUGAUUUCACUCCCUCUGCCUCGAUUCUUGACCCUAAAUCUGGUUUUUUGUUGAAUAAUGAUUCAAUUCUUAUUACUGCUGAUAUACUCGUAUUGAAUGAAUCGGUAAACUUUUCCCGUGAUAACAUUGAAAUACAAUCCAAUUCGAUGACCUCGUCGUCGGUUGUGAGUGGACCGGUUGGUGAUGUUUUGAGUGGAAAAUUCACUUGGAAGGUUCAUAAUUUUAGUUUAUUUAAGGAGAUGAUUAAGACCCAGAAGAUAAUGAGCCCGGCAUUCCCGGCUGGAGAGUGUAAUUUACGGAUUAGUGUUUACCAGAGUUCAGUUAAUGGGGUUGAUUACUUGUCUAUGUGUUUGGAGAGUAAGGAUACUGAGAAGACUCUGGUUUCGGAUCGCAGUUGUUGGUGUUUGUUUCGAAUGUCAGCAUUGAAUCAAAAGCCAGGGUUGAAUCACAUGCACAGGGACUCUUACGGGCGGUUUGCAGCGGAUAAUAAAAGUGGUGACAAUACGAGUUUGGGGUGGAAUGAUUACAUGAAGAUGUCAGAUUUUAUUGGGCCAGAGUCGGGGUUUUUGGUGGACGAUAUGGCAGUGUUCAGUACGUCAUUCCAUGUGAUUAAGGAGCUUAGUAGCUUUUCAAAAAAUGGGGGGUUGAUUGGGUUUAGGAGUGGAAGUGGCCUGAAGAAGUCUGAUGGGCACAUGGGAAAAUUCACUUGGAGAAUUGAGAAUUUCACACGGUUGAAGGACCUUCUGAAGAAGAGGAAGAUUACUGGUCUUUGCAUCAAGAGCAGGAGGUUUCAAAUAGGGAAUCGAGAUUGUCGCCUUAUUGUUUACCCCAGAGGGCAGUCUCAACCACCAUGCCACCUUUCGGUAUUUCUUGAAGUCACGGAUUCACGAAAUACUUCCAGUGAUUGGAGUUGUUUUGUGAGCCAUCGACUGUCGGUAGUGAACCAAAGGAUGGAGGAAAAGUCUGUUACAAAGGAGUCUCAGAACCGUUACUCUAAAGCUGCAAAAGAUUGGGGUUGGCGUGAAUUUGUGACACUGACUAGCCUCUUCGAUCAAGAUUCUGGAUUUCUCGUUCAGGAUACAGUUAUAUUCUCUGCGGAAGUUCUCAUUUUGAAAGAGACAUCCAUAAUGCAGGAUUUCACUGAUCAGGAUACUGAGUCGUGCAGUGCUGGUUCCCAGGUUGCUGGGAAAAGGAGUUCAUUUACAUGGAAAGUGGAGAACUUCCUCUCCUUUAAAGAAAUAAUGGAGACCCGAAAAAUCUUUAGCAAAUUCUUCCAAGCUGGUGGAUGUGAGCUUCGGAUUGGUGUGUAUGAGUCCUUUGACACUAUAUGUAUAUAUCUAGAGAGUGAUCAAUCAGUUGGCACUGAUCCGGAUAAAAACUUUUGGGUCAGAUACCGGAUGGCUGUAAUGAAUCAAAAAAAUCCUGCCAAGACUGUAUGGAAAGAGUCUUCUAUUUGUACAAAAACAUGGAAUAAUUCUGUGCUUCAAUUCAUGAAGGUGUCGGAUAUGCUUGAAGCAGAUGCAGGUUUCCUUUUACGUGACUCAGUUGUCUUUGUUUGUGAAAUCUUGGACUGCUGCCCAUGGUUUGAGUUUUCAGAUCUAGAGGUUUUGGCUUCUGAGGAUGAUCAGGAUGCACUGACAACUGACCCUGAUGAACUCAUUGAUUCUGAGGAUAGUGAAGGGAUAAGCGGAGAUGAAGAAGACAUCUUUAGAAAUCUUCUUUCUAGAGCAGGGUUUCACCUCACAUAUGGAGACAAUCCUUCACAGCCACAGGUCACUUUAAGAGAAAAGCUUCUCAUGGAUGCUGGUGCAAUAGCUGGUUUUCUGACUGGACUUCGUGUUUAUCUUGAUGACCCUGCUAAAGUAAAGCGCUUGCUUCUUCCAACCAAACUUUCUGGUGGUAAUGAUGGCAAGAAGGUCACCAAGAACGAUGAAUCUUCCCCCAGCCUGAUGAAUUUGUUGAUGGGAGUCAAAGUGCUGCAGCAGGCAAUCAUUGAUCUACUCUUAGACAUAAUGGUUGAAUGUUGCCAACCUUCAGAAGAAAGUUCUAAUGAUGAUUCCUCAGAUGCAAACUUCAAGCCUUCUCCAGAUGGCAGUGGAACUAUCAGUCCACUGGAAUCUGACAGGGAAAAUGGAGCAAUAGAAUCUUCAUCUCUCCACAUACAUGAUAGAUUGGAUUCUGGGAUAGAUAAAGGCACAAAUACAUCUGCUGUACAAAGUUCUGACAUGAAUGGGAUGGUUAUGCCUGAUAAAACUGUUCCUGGACUACCUAUUUGUCCACCCGAGACGUCUGCUGGUUCUUCAGAAAAUGCUUCCUUCCGGUCUAAGACCAAAUGGCCAGAGCAGUCUGAGGAGCUCCUGGGGUUGAUUGUGAACUCACUAAGGGCACUAGAUGGAGCUGUUCCACAAGGUUGUCCUGAGCCAAGAAGGCGGCCCCAAUCUGCACAAAAGAUUUCUCUUGUAUUGGAUAAAGCUCCUAAGCAUCUGCAGCCGGACUUGGUUGCGUUGGUACCCAAAUUAGUUGACCAUUCAGAGCAUCCACUUGCUGCUCGUGCACUUCUAGAUCGAGUUCAAAGGCCUGAUGCAGAACCUGCACUACGAGUACCUGUUUUUGGUGCUCUUAGCCAGUUGGAAUGUAGCGCUGACGUGUGGGUACGCGUUCUUUUUCAAUCUUUUGAACUUUUGGCUGAUUCAAACGAUGAACCUCUAGCAGCAACUGUGGAUUUUAUUUUUAAGGCCGCAUUGCAGUGCCAACAUCUUCCACAAGCGGUUAGAUCUGUUCGUGUUAGGCUAAAAGAUUUGGGUGCUCAGGUGUCCCCCUGUGUUCUUGAUUAUUUAAGUAGAAUGGUAAAUAGUUGUGCAGAUGUUGCUGAAGCUAUUUUAAGAGACAUUGAUUGUGACGAUGACUUAGGUGACAAUGGUCCUGCAAUUCCCAGCGGGCUCUUCAUAUUUGGUGAAAAUGGGCCUACUUCUGAAAGAUUGCAUGCAGUGGAUGAGCAUGCUUAUUGUGCUAGUAGUUAUUUUUCCGAUAUAUAUAUUUUGAUUGAAAUGUUAUCUAUUCCCUGCGUUGCUGUUGAAGCUUCCCAAACUUUUGAGAGGGCUGUAGCUCGAGGGGCAAUAAUGGCACAAUCAGUAGCCAUGGUCUUAGAAAGACGCCUUGCUCGGAGAUUAAAUUUUACUUCGCAAUUUGUUGCUGACAAUUUUCAGCAUGCAGAUGUUGUUAUAGAGGGAGAAACCAUCGAGCAGUUGAGAGCUCAGAGAGAUGACUUCACUUCUGUUCUUGGUCUUGCUGAGACAUUGGUCCUUUCUAGAGACCCCCGUGUGAGAAGCUUUGUGAAGAUGCUUUAUACAAUAUUGUUUAAAUGGUAUGCUGACGAGUCUUAUCGACUGAGGAUGCUGAAGAGACUUGUUGACCGCGCCACCAGCACGACAGAUAGUAGCCAUGAGGUAGAUUUAGAUUUAGAAAUUCUGGUAAUUUUGAUAUGCGAGGAGCAAGACAUUGUUAGACCAGUUCUGACCAUGAUGAGGGAGGUUGCUGAACUUGCCAAUGUUGAUCGGGCAGCUCUUUGGCAUCAGUUAUGUGCCAGUGAAGACGAGAUUAUCCGUUUUCGUGAAGAAAGAAAAGCUGAGAUCUCCAGUAUGGCUAAAGAAAAGGCUACCAUAUCACAGAGGCUGAGUGAAUCUGAGGCUACUACCAACCGUCUUAAGUCUGAAAUGAAGGCUGAGAUGGAUCGUUCUAGUCGGGAAAGAAGGGAGCUUUCUGAGCAGAUAGAAGAAAUUGAGAGUCAACUUGAAUGGCUUCGCUCAGAACGGGAUGAUGAAAUUGGAAAGCUCACUGCUGAGAAGAAAGUUCUUCAGGAUCGUCUACAUGAUGCAGAGACACAACUUUCUCAACUGAAGUCCCGAAAACGUGAUGAAUUGAAGAAAAUAGUGAAGGAGAAGAAUGCGCUUGCUGAACGGUUGAAGAGUGCUGAGGCUGCACGGAAAAGGUUUGAUGAAGAACUGAAGCGCUAUGCAACAGAAAAUGUGACCCGAGAGGAAAUUAGGCAGUCCCUUGAGGAUGAAGUUCGACGGUUGACACAUACAGUUGGCCAAACUGAAGGGGAAAAACGUGAGAAGGAAGAACAGGUUGCUCGAUGCGAAGCAUACAUUGAUGGGAUGGAAGCCAAGUUGCAGGCUUGCCAGCAAUACAUUCAUAGCCUGGAGGCUUCACUACAGGAAGAAAUGUCGCGACAUGCCCCUCUAUAUGGUGCCGGCUUGGAAGCUCUAUCCAUGAAGGAGUUGGAGACGUUGUCACGUAUCCACGAAGAAGGGCUGAGGCAGAUCCAUGCCCUCCAACAGCGUAAAGGGAGUCCAGCUGGAAGUCCUCUUAUGAGCCCCCACACCACCCUCCCACAUUCUCAUGGGUUGUAUGCUGCUGUUACGCCACCACCUCCAAUGGCCGUUGGAUUGCCCCCUUCUCUCAUCCCAAAUGGAGGUGGGGUCCACAGCAAUGGGCACGUGAAUGGUGGUGCUGCAGUUGGCCCCUGGUUCAACAACCAUACUUGAAACCCCCACAAGGCUGGAUGUUCACUUUUGUCGAGGUAGGUGACAUCGCUCUCAUUUUCUCACUGGUCUCCUCCUUUCGCCUAUUGGGGAGCUCUCGGUGUUGUCUCAAUAUAAAAGGUUUUUUUUUAAAUAUUAUUUUUGAGUUUUUUUUUUUUUUUGGGUGGCAUUUUGGCUGGUAGGGCUGUUGGAACAAAUGGUGGGAAAAAGAAAUAAUGUAGAGUUUGAUAGAUGGAAUGAAUGGGAAUGAGUAAGUGAGUCCAAUAGAAUUAACAGUUGUAAAUGCCAUACUUAUAUCAAUUUUUCCCCUUAAUAUUAAUUCAAGGCGUUGAGAAAA